AUGGGGCCAAUUCGAGAUGUUAAGGGCGUGCAGAAAGUCACGGGUUGCUUGGCAGCGUUGAGCCGCUUCAUCUCGAGGCUAGGGGAAAAGGCAUUACCGUUAUACCGACUCCUCAAGAAAGCCGAGCGCUUCACCUGGACUCUCGAGGCCGAGGAAGCUCUCGACAACCUGAAAAGGACACUGACCACCGCUCCGAUCCUGGUUCCCCCUCGACCUGCAGAACCUCUGCUCCUAUACGUCACAGCAAUGACCCAGGUCGUUAGGGCGGCUGUAGUGGUCGAGAGGCCAGAGGAAGGACACGCGUUACCAGUCCAACGGUCGGUCUACUUCAUCAACGAGGUGCUCUCGGACACCAAGGUACGAUACCCCUAG